AUGACGAAUGAACUCUUGGGGUAUCAAAAAAAGUAUGUUUUGUUGCUGAAAUUACUAGGUUUUGACUUGGAAAUUGCUAUGAGAAUGCUGGAAGCAUGUGGAGGAGAUGCUGAUCUUGCAUUUAGCCUGCUCCUAGAUGUUGGAACUGUUGUCAUGUGUGGAUUGGAUGAUGAUGUCACGGAGUGGUCACUGAAUUAUGAAGAUAGACAAGAUUAUGAAUUUGAGGAGGAAUUAGGAGUCGAAGUUGAAGAAGAAGAUGCAGAAUGUGAAAAAGAAAGUUUAGAUAAUACUGGAAACGAUGUAGAUAAAUGACUUGUCGAGAAAGGUAAAGGUCAAGAAUAA